AUGGUGAGAGGUCGAGGAGUUGGCCUUUCGGGGAUACAUAGACACCAAUUUACCAAUGACCAAUUUCAAAAGGUUGGAAUCACAAUUGCAGAAGCUCAAAUGUCGCAGUUGAAACAACAACUUCAAUUGUUUAAAACAAAUCUUGAAGAAUUUGCAAGAAAAUAUCGUAAAGAUAUCCGUAAAGAUCCUUUGUUUAGAACACAUUUUCAAAAAAUGUGUACUAAUAUCGGAGUUGAUCCUCUUGCUUCCAAUAAAGGAUUUUGGGCAGAACUUUUAGGAGUAGGAGAUUUUUAUUAUGAAUUAGCUAUACAAAUAAUCGAAGUUUGUUUGUCUACUAAAGGUAGAAAUGGUGGAUUGAUUGAAUUAGGAGAAUUGAAAAGACAUUUAAUUAAGAUGCGCGGUGGUAAUUCUGGCAAAAAUAAUAACAAUGGUAAUAACAAUCAGGAGAUUAGUGAAGAUGAUAUUAUACGAUCCAUAAAGACACUCAAACCAUUAGGAAGCGGAUUUGAAGUUUUACAAAUUGGUGUUCAAAAAAUGGUUAGAUCUGUUCCUCGUGAACUCAAUAAAGAUCAAUCUGAUAUAUUAUUAUUAGCGCAGUCGAGAGGUUUUGUUACCAAAGAUUUAAUUAGGAUAGAAUUAGGAUGGAGAAUGGAAAGAAUCGAUGAUGCAAUUGAUACAUUACUUGCUGACGGUCUUUGUUGGAUUGACGAUCAUGCAAAUCCGUACGAAUAUUGGAUUCCUAGUUUUUUUAAAGGAUUUGAUGAUUAA